CAAUAACAGCACCAGGCAGACCAUUAAAGAACGCGACACUCACGUCUCCUAUUUUUCAAAGCCAACUACGUCCAGCAAAAGUUCAACAGAAGCCACCACACCACCACCAGAGAUCUCUACCAGUGUAGCUCAAACCAGAAAAACUCACCACACAGAUCAACCCAAACCAACACAAGAACUACACCAUCAGAGGUCCACUGAGGGAGCUGAUGUCUUUCUCAUCUGUAAAAAUGAAGGGAAAGUGCAGUGGACUAAAGGCAGAGAUGGAUAUAGACUGAUGAUCCUCACUGCAGAAAGCAAGGAGGAAAUAAAAAAACACAGUGCAGAUCCUCAUAACCGUUAUAGUGUGAUAGAUGAUUUAGAUCUACACAUCAAGAAUGUUUCUCUCUCUGAUUCUGGAAUUUACUACUGUAAUGCAAAUCCAACUGUGAAUCUGACAGUAACAGCACCAGAUUUUUCAAAGCCAACUACGUCCAGCAAAAGUUCAACAGAAGCCACCACACCAGCACCAGAGAUCUCUACCAGUGUAGCUCAAACCAGAAAAACUCACCACACAGAUCAACCCAAACCAACACAAGAACUACACCAUCAGAGGUCCACUGAGGGAGCUGAUGUCUUUCUCAUCUGUAAAAAUGAAGGGAAAGUGCAGUGGACUAAAGUCAGAGAUGGAUAUAGACUGAUGAUCCUCACUGGAGAAAGAUCGGAGGAGAUAAAAAAACACAAUGCAGAUCCUCAUAACCGUUAUAGUGUUACAGAUGAUUUAGAUCUACACAUCAAGAAUGUUUCUCUCUCUGAUUCUGGAAUUUACUACUGCAAUGCAACAGCAACUGUGAAUCUGACAGUAACAGCACCAGAUUUUUCAAAGCCAACUGCGUCCAGCAAAAGUUCAACAGAAGCCACCACACCACCACCAGUGAUCUCUACCAGUGUAGCUCAAACCAGAAAAACUCACCACACAGAUCAACCCAAACCAACACAAGAUGAACUCAAAGCAACUACAGGGUCCAUCCACAGACACUCAGAAGACAGCACACCAGCCCCAGACUCAUCUACUGCUUUCACAUAUUAUUGUAUGAAGGAAAACUAGAAGAACUUGUGAUAUGAUUCUGCUAUUAUUAAGAUUUAAGAAAAUAUUAAGAAAAGUAAUGAAUGAGCCAGUUUCUUCAGUUGUUGUUUGCAGUUGCCAUAUUGUCAAGAACUUUUCAAACAUUCAUUAUAAAUAGUUGUGUGCUUUUGUCUGUCAGGUUAUCAAGUGUUUACAUUCGGGUUUAAAGCAUAUCACAGAAUUUAACAUGAGAUUUUAUUACCAGCAGUCUGCUGUUUGAUUGUAUUACUUGUUUCUUGUUACCAAUGCCAAAAAAAAUAUUUUAUUAAACGUUUCUGUUUCUAAAA